AACCAGCAAAAGGCUAAACGAGCUUCCAACGCCGGAAGCCGCCAUCUCUCUGCUGAAGCAGUGCCAAGUUUCACCAUGACUAGUGGAUGUGGUGGUGGGAGUGGGGUCGGAGUGAAAGGAGUGUUCAUAGGAGCAGGUUGCAACAGAAUAGUGAACAAUGUUUCAUGGGGUGCUUGUGAUUUAGUCGCUUUUGGUGCCCAAAACGCCGUCGCUAUUUUCAACCCGAAGACUGCUCAAAUUUCGACUACGCUUCCGGGACACAAGGCUGCUGUGAAUUGUACCCAGUGGCUCCCAAGUAACAAGUUUGCAUUUAAAGCCAAACAUUUGGACCGGCAUUAUUUGCUAUCUGGAGAUGCCGCUGGUGCCAUUAUUUUAUGGGAGUAUUCUGUUCUUGAAGGGAAGUGGAGGAAUGUACAACAAGUACCCCAGUUGCACAAGAAGGGUGUCACAUGUAUUACUGGAAUUAUGGUUUCUCAAACUGAGGCAGUCUUUGCCUCUACUUCUUCCGAUAGUACAGUUCAUUUAUGGGAGGUCGUUUUUCCAUCUACUAGUGGAGGUGACUGUAAUUUGUUGCAUCUGGAUUCUCUCUGUGUUGGUGUAAAACCUAUGGUAGCGCUUUCAUUAUCUGAGUUGCCCGGAAGUGCUGGCUAUUUAGUCCUGGCAAUGGGAGGACUGGAUAACAAGAUUCACCUUUACCGCGGGGAGAGGAGAGGAAAGUUUGUUCGAGGUUGCGAGUUGAAAGGGCAUACAGAUUGGAUCAGAAGUCUAGAUUUCUCAUUACCUGUAUGCACCACUGGUGAGGCAAAUAACGUCCUACUUGUGAGUUCUUCCCAAGACAGAGGCAUACGCAUAUGGAAGAUGGAUUUGAGGGAUUCUUUGGACAGCAACCAGAGUGCUUACAGGAAAGAAAAAAUAAGCUUAGCAUCUUAUAUAGAGGGCCCUGUACUUGUAGCUGGCACAAACUCAUAUCAGAUAUCAUUGGAAUCUCUUCUAAUUGGACAUGAGGACUGGGUGUAUUCAGUGGAGUGGCAACCCCCAUCAACUGCAUCGCCAGAAGGGAUUGCCUACUGUCAACCCCAGAGCAUCUUAUCUGCAUCUAUGGACAAAACAAUGAUGAUUUGGAAACCAGAAAAGACUUCUGGUAUCUGGAUGAAUGUUGUUACUGUCGGAGAGUUAAGUCAUUGUGCUCUGGGGUUUUAUGGUGGCCACUGGAGCCCUAAUGGAGAUUCAAUUUUAGCACAUGGAUAUGGUGGAUCUUUCCAUCUCUGGAAAAAUGUCGGUACUGAUUUUGAAAAUUGGCAACCACAAAAAGUUCCAUCUGGGCAUUUUGCAGCAAUAACAGAUAUUGCGUGGGGAAGAUCUGGUCAAUACUUGCUGUCAGUCAGUCACGACCAGACAACUCGAAUUUUUGCUCCUUGGCAAAAUGAGGCGUCUCUAGGAGAUGAGAAAUCUUGGCAUGAAAUUUCUCGUCCUCAAGUUCAUGGUCAUGAUAUUAACUGUGUGGCCAUCAUCCGAGGAAAGGGGAACCAUCGUUUUGUCAGUGGAGCUGAUGAGAAAGUUGCCAGGGUGUUUGAAGCUCCUUUAUCUUUCUUGAAGACAUUGGGUCAUGCCAUUUCACAAAAGUCUAGCUUUACUGAGGAUAUCCAAGUAGGUGUUCAGAUUUUGGGUGCCAAUAUGUCUGCUCUUGGGCUAUCACAGAAACCUAUUUAUGUUCAUGCUGAGCAGCAGACACCAGACAGGAAUCUAAAUGAUAACCUUGAUACAUUCGAAGCCAUUCCUGAUGCAGUUCCAGUUGUGUUCACUGAACCUCCCAUUGAAGAUCAACUGGCAUGGCAUACACUGUGGCCAGAGUCACACAAACUUUACGGUCAUGGAAAUGAGCUGUUUGCUCUGUGCAGUGAUCAUGAUGGGACACUUGUUGCUUCUUCAUGUAAGGCCCAAUCAGCAGCAGUAGCGGAAAUAUGGCUAUGGCAAGUUGGUUCAUGGAAAGCAGUCGGUCGCUUGCAGUCUCAUAGUUUGACAGUAACACAAAUGGAAUUCUCGCAUGACGACAAAUUCCUGUUGGCUGUAUCAAGGGAUCGGCAGUUCUCUGUAUUUUCAAUCGAUAAAACAGGCACCGAUGAAACUAGUUACCAGCUUGUAUCAAAGCAGGAGGCACACAAAAGAAUCAUAUGGGCAUGUUCUUGGAAUCCAUACGGCUAUGAAUUUGCAACCGGCUCGAGGGACAAGACAGUGAAGAUCUGGACUCUGGGAAAAGACUCUUCCGUUAAGCAGAUCACGACUCUGCCGCAGUUCAAUAGUAGUGUCACAGCCCUAUCUUGGGUUGGUCUCGAUCGCAAGAGCAAUGACGGACUCCUUGCAGUUGGAAUGGAAAACGGUCUCAUUGAAUUAUGGAGUCUAUCUGUUAAAAGAAGUGAAGAUGGAGUAGCAGCAGAUGCAGUUGCUGCAGCCCUUGUUGUACGGCUGGAUCCAGUGAUGUGCCAUGUUUCUUCAGUAAAUCGAUUGGCAUGGAGAAAUCGCAGGAAUGAAGAUUCCAGUAGCAGCAUACAGCUUGCUUCCUGUGGGGUGGACCAAUGCGUGAGAGUGUUUGAAGUUAACGUUAACUAACCAGAUUAUUGUGUUUUUUAUAUGUAAAAUUAAAUUUUGUAAGCCAAUAUUAAUGACCAGCUCUAAUUAGUAGAUUCUUGCAUUAUACAAGUUGAAUUGAAAACUAAUAAAUCUCUUCUAGUGGACCCGACGCUAUUGGGUCGUCGUCGACA